AGAAUAGUUGAUGGAAAACUGCAAGUCAAAACUAUACUUCCAGGACUAAAGGUUGAGUACUCAACAGAUAAUGGCCUGACGUGGAGCGAUGUGACUGAGAAAACUAAAGUAGAUGGUGUAGUUCUCUUAAGAUCUAGGUAUGUCCAUGUAAACUGUCGAUCGAAUAUACAGCUAUAAUUUUUGAAUUUUUACUUAUUGUAGCUGUGUUACAACUUUGAUGUGAAAAUAGGGGAAAUCUUUGGGUUACUUCUCCAAGGUUUAAAAUCAGUAAAGUUCGCCUGGUUUGAAAAAGGGAAAAAGUACAAGGGAUAGAGUUCAAAAGCGUAAGGCACGUUUUGUCUAGUUUGUGGCCGUCUCAGUUCCAAGAAAAGUCGAGAGUGUUCAUGAGGCAGAUAAAGUAAAAGUUAUGGGCAAAAUUGAACCUGAGUGACUGUCUCAGACGGAUUACUUGUCACUAGUUCAAGAAAAUGCUCCAUCCAUGCUCUGCUCCAUUAAUAAGACUAUCUUUGUAUACUCCUAUUGAGGCAAAAUAUAAGGUUCUUAGCAGUACCAGAUAGAACAAAAAAUCAACGAAAAAAUAUAGACUUGCCCAAGUGGCGACGCCCGCGCUGGCUGUUCUCGGUUAUAUACGUUCUGGAAAUCCAUCGAGGUUGGCCUCAGAUCAGGCCCAGUUCUUAAUCCCGCACUGGUUUUUUUUUUCAGCAAAAUAUAUACUUAAAAAAGGCUAAUUGGUGUAAAAGCAAAUUAUUGGCUCUUUCGAUUGAUAGUUUAAAUUUACGCGUAAGGCCAUUGCAAUUGCGAAAUUGCUUUUCAUACCUCAUGACUGAUCAGUAUGACGAAGAGCAGGGAAAAAGAGGAAGAAAGGAAGAGGGAGAGAGGAGGGUUUCUUCUCCCUCUCCGACCUAAGCCCCAACCCCUUCAUUUUUUCCUGCUUACUAUUCUUUGCGCCACCCGCACUAUCUGAGCGGCUGGAGAAGUCUAUUUUAGGGCUAAAAGACUCAUCUUUGGCCGCAGGAAAUAACGCCACCACUGUCUUAUUCUCGGAAGCAGCGCUGGGAUCACUGUCUGCAGCUCGUCUGUUGAUUAUUGACAGUUUUGAUUAGAUAAUCGUUACCAAGACAACUCUAUAGUUUGCUUUCAUAGGAGAAACCAGACCCUGUUUUCGUUUUUGCCUUCAGGACCGGAAUCUCAUUUACCGAACGAAAUGUUAAUAGACCCUGAUUUUGGGCUUUUCAGGAUUUUUCUCAAAAGAUUGAGACAAAUAUACCUUACCCAACUGACAGAUUUUUAAAGUAACUUUCUAUUCUCCUUCAGACCCAGAGGCAAGAAGCAGGUUAGCAGGACUGUGAGGUUUGAAGCCCCGGAUCACCCUAAGAAACGAUGAUGACAGCGAAUCACAGAGUGGAAUCUCGUUAAUUUAUGUGGAAUUGAUAAAUAUGAUACGAUACACAUUGAGAACGACAAAGCAAAGUCCAUUUACAGCGCCUUUUUGGGUUCGGAAUCCAGUACAAAAGAAACCAUGCAUUAUAUUUUGCUUGGUAUCAUAACCAUUGUGUUCCAAGUUAGAUUAGUACAAUUUGUUAAUAGUUAAAAGGCGCGCAGCUAGAAAUUUUCAAGAGAC